UACUCCGCCAUGAAGGAGAGAAGUCCAACUCCAUUGCCUGCUGACAAGAAGUUAGAGAUGAGAAAAAUGUACGUCAUGCUUCCGGUGAAGCGAGGGAAGGCGGUGGGACUGAGCGGCGAAGAGUGCCGCCGCAUUGUGAUGAUGGUUAAUUAUUCUGCCACACUUCAUUGCAAGUACAACGAUCUUGCGGUGUGUUCUCCAAGGCUUCUUCCUUGGAUCGCAAGGCUUUGGCGGAACAAUGAAAUGUUGCAGAGAAAGGAGGAAAACAUGGCGGGAAAUAAUAUUGAACAACAAGUGCCAGAAAUCAUUGAAGAGAGGCCGGAAUAUUAUCUGAGUAGGCAAAUGUCCGGGAAAGGAUGGAAGCCUAGCUUGGACACCAUUAAGGAGAAGAACAAGAUUAAGACAAAACUCUCUCCUUGGUUCUUCAUUAAAAGUUUUUAAUCUAGGUGAAAAUUCACGUGUAUUUAUUAUUUAUGUAAAAUUUAUAAUUAAAAAUUGUUAGAUAAUUUAAUAUGUUGUCUAAUAAUUUUAAUUAUUAAUUUUAUAUAAAAAUAAUUAUAUGUGGCAAUUACUUUACAGAUUACAUUUUUUUAACCACUAUGUAUGUAAUGUGCAUCUUUUUGUUGUUUAUUUAAA